AAAACAAAAACCGGAAAACGUUGGUCUGUUUUCUUUUCUUCCAUAUUCUCUCUGCAACACAAUACAUUAUCCCAUUUUCUCAUAAAAACAUUCUCUUUUGUGAGUUUUCCAGGAAAUUUUCCAUAGCUCAUUCUUGAGAUUUCAUUUCCCAGAUAAGUCCCCUGCCUUAAAAGUUUUCUUCUUUAUUUUUGGUUUUGCGUGAAGGUCUUAUCUUUUCAGUCGAAGUUGAAGGAUUGUGGAUUGAUUUGUUUCUCUCUGAAUUGGGAUUUGUUAUUUCUCUGUUAAGGAGUGACAACUCCUGGUUUGGAGGGGGUAAAGACGAUACUUUUCUUUUUGUGUUUUCAUUUUCUGGUGAUUUAUAUUAUGUAUAUGUUGGUGUGCUAAGGGAAGAUCCCAUUUUAGCUUAGAGGGAGAGAUUUAAGUUUUUGGAGUUGUUUUGGUAGAUUGACACCCAAAAUUGGACGUUUUGUUUGGAAAAGAUUUCUGGGUUUUGAUGGUUUUAGCUGCCUAAGAGCUUUUGUUUUGGAGUUCUUGUCUUAUUUGGUGUAUUUGAAUUGGUUUGUGGAUCUGUGUUCAUAGUCGUUGGGGUUGGAUUUUUAACUUGUGUGAGAAGUUAGACAAAGAGGGUAGUGAUCUUUUUUUUUCUUGCUGUGUUUCGUUUGAUUUGUUUGUGGAGUUUCUAGUUUGAGCCAAGUUAUAAAGUUGGUGGUAGUAUUUUGGGUUGGGAUUUUUAUUGUUAGAAAUUGUUGGAUUUGCAAUGGGGAAGCAUAAUGGAAAGAAUAAGAAGCAAACAGGACAAGCAGGUGAUAGUAAUGUGAAGCAAAGCAAAGUUGGAGAUAGUAGUUCGAAAGCCUAUGACAAGGACACGGCAAUUUUCAUUGCCAUGUCUCAAGAAUUGAAGGAAGAGGGGAACAAACUGUUUCAGAAGAGAGACCAUGAAGGAGCAAUGCUGAAAUAUGAGAAGGCCCUCAAAUUGCUUCCAAAGAAUCACACAGAUGUAUGCCAUCUUAGGAGUAACAUGGCUGCAUGUUAUAUGCAGAUGGGAUUGAGUGAGUACCCCAGGGCAAUCCACGAGUGUAAUUUGGCACUAGAGGUAACACCCAAGUAUAGUAAAGCACUGCUAAAGAGAGCAAGGUGUUACGAGGCUUUAAAUAGGUUAGAAUUAGCUUUCAGAGAUGUUCAUACAGUUCUGAACAUGGAGCCAAAUAAUAUCAUGGCAUUAGAGAUUUCGGAAAGGGUAAGAAGUACACUUGACAAGAAAGGGUUACAGGUGAAUGACACUGUGAUUGAAUUGCCUCCAGAAUAUGUUGAGCCUCCAAGUGCUUCACAAAGUCUAAAAGUUGUCAAAGAGAAAGCCAAGAAGAAGAACAAGAAGAAAAGCAAUAAAGCUGAAGAGAACAAGGCUGUGGACCAAAUUGAGGAGAAGAAGGUUGAUGAAAACAUAGAUGAAAAGAAGGCUGAGGAUAAACGGGUUGUAGAAGAGAAAAUUAGCAGUAAAAUGGAAGAAGAACCGAAGAAGAUUGUGAAGUUGGUUUUUGAUCAAGAUAUAAGAUGGGCUCAGUUGCCACUUAAUUGCAGCCUUUUGCAAUUAAGGGAAGCUAUUCAUGAUCGAUUCCCUAGCUCAAGAGCAGUUCUUAUGAAAUACAAGGAUGACGAAGGUGAUUUAGUCACAAUCACCAGUGAUGAAGAAUUGAGAUUGGCUGAACUAUCAGCAGAAUCACAGGGUUCUGUGAGGCUGUAUAUUGUAGAAGUCGACCCUGAGCAGGAUCCAUUCUUUGAGAGAUUUAAGUGUGAGGAGGUUCACAAUCUUAACAUAAAACAAGGUAAGGCAGCUGAAAAUGGGGAUGUCAGAAAGGGUAUGGAAACAGGAAAAGAUUCAUGUUGCAUUGAUGACUGGAUAAUUGAGUUCGCUCAACUGUUCAAGAACUAUGUUGGCUUUGAUUCAGAUGCAUACUUGAAUCUUCAUGAACUUGGUAUGAAGGAAUAUUCUGAGGCCAUGGAGGACACAGUUACGAGUGAAGAGGCCCAGGACCUUUUCGAAAGGGCAGCUGAGAAGUUCCAAGAGAUGACAGCAUUAGCAUUAUUCAACUGGGGAAAUGUUCACAUGUCCAGGGCAAGGAAGAGGGUGUAUUUCACAGAAGAUGGUUCAAGAGAAUCCAUACUUGUGCAGAUCAAAGCUACUUAUGAAUGGGCACAAGAAGAAUAUAGCAAAGCAGGCAAGAGAUAUCAAGAAGCAUUGAGAAUCAAACCAGAUUUCUAUGAAGCUCUUCUAGCUCUUGGGCAACAACAGUUUGAGCAGGCAAAACUUUCUUGGUAUUAUGCAAUUGGCAACAAUGUUGAUCUGGAAACAUGGCCUUCCGAGGAGGUUCUGCACCUUUAUAACAAUGCUGAGGAAAAUAUGGACAGGGGCAUGCAGAUGUGGGAGGAGUUAGAAGGGCAACGCCUGCAUGAACUAUCCAGAUCAACGAAGGAACAAACCCAGUUGCAGAAAAAGGGAUUGGAUGGUUUAUUCAAAGAUAUAUCAGCAGAUGAAGCUGCAGAGCAGGCUGUCAACAUGAGUGCUCAGAUAAACCUUUUAUGGGGUACCAUACUUUACGAACGAUCAAUUAUGGAAUUCAAACUGGGGCUACCUGUCUGGCAAGAAUGUUUGGAGGUGGCUGUUGAGAAAUUUGAGCAUGCAGGAGCUUCUCCCACAGAUAUAGCUGUUAUGGUAAAGAACCACUGUUCAAAUAACAACGCACUGGAAGGUUUAGGGUUUAAGAUUGACGAGAUAAUACAGGCAUGGAAUGAGAUGUAUGAAGCCAAAAAGUGCCAGAGCAAGAUUCCAUCAUUCAGACUAGAACCAUUACUUCGGCGGCGAGUUUCAAAAAUAUAUCAUGCAUUGGAGCAUGCAUGAGUUGUGUGUUGUUUGAGUGGGAUUUCCAGAAAAACAGGUGUUCGAAAGGCAUGCUUAAGUCCUUAAUAUUAUUUGGAAGUGGUACAUAUAGUCGUGCAUUUGAGUUAGGUUUUCUUGCUAUUUUCUUUUGAGAUCAAGCUUCAGCCUUGUACUUUCAGAUCAAAGGAGAGACUGUUGUAGUCUGAAAGUUUCGUUUGGUUUUAUAAUUUCUUUUCCCAGAAAAUUGAUACAGUUAUUGAAUCCUUACAUGUUUGGGGACGACUAGAAGCUGCAGCAGGAAUUUCCAUUGUUUUUUUUGUUGGUUUCUGCUCUUGCCUUCAUCAGCUUUCCCCUCAAAGAAGCAGAAUAUACACGCUGAAUUCAUUAUUUAGUUGCAAUAAUUUACAGAUUGCUUACCUGAUUGAUUAGUUAUUUCGAGCUGUAAGUUGCUCAGUUCUGAUUUCUAGCUUAGGCAUGCUUAUCAAGAAUUUUGGGAGACAGAUAUUUCUAAUGGAUUGAUGAUUAUAGAUUGGCUUGUUGUACUAUAUGUAAUUUGAGGAUUGGGGAUUUGUUUUCAGCUUUUGCUUCUAUAUUAUCAGACAUUCACACA